UGUAUAGAUUUACAUCCUGGUAGCCUUCUGGCCAUGAUAGUUAAGUGUCAAACCACUCACUUAAAUGUCACACCACUCACUUACAUCCACUUUGAAUGGAUCCGUUGGUUUGUCUCAAAUGUUGGGAGGCAGAACUUGCCUUUUGAAAGUGGCAUUUCCUUCACCACCAGCGCCUGCCUUUCCAGUGUGGCUGUGAUAUUCCGGUGGUUGGAUUGUAGGGCCAUGUACUACGGAAAAGGGAGGCCUUCCAAUCUCUGAUUUGUGAGUGUGACUUGAGAUUGUUUUAUGUCGGGAUGAGUUGAAAACCCCAAAGCAGCUGUGGUUUAGGAGGAGAACCUUUGGCACUUCUAAGGCCAGAAGCCCAUGGUGAAAGUCUAGUUCUGGAAUUUACUAGCCUUGGGGAAAUUAUUUAAAGUUUGUCAGUCUUAGUUUCUUUAGCUGCCAAAUUACCCUUCUUACCUGUCACACAAAGUUCAUCCAAGGAGGCAGUGGCUCUAAUGUGUUUUGUAAAUGCAAAGCAAUCUAGAUCAUGUGGUGAUUAUAGAAGGACUGAUUAAUUUGGAGCCAGAGGACCCAGAUUUUGGUAACUGGUCUUGGAGGAGAAAUCAGUGGAGCAGAGGUCAUGACAUUAAGGACUAUUAGGAGGAACAUGACAAAUCUAGGACCCUGGGGUAACGCCAUGCACAUUGAGCAUAUUUUUGGCACUAUAUAAGGAAGAAUUUCCUAACCAUCAGAUUUGUUUAAAAGAUAGAAUGAGCUGCUUUGGAAGGUAUUGGGGAGAUAUUGAGAGAGAAACCCGGUGUCAAGACUUUGCUAGGGAAGGGUAGCCUCCUCCUGCUGCCAAAUGCCAGAGUAGAGCACUCCCUUGACUCCAAUUCAGUAUGGCCCGAGUACUAGGGUUUGUGUUGCCACCAGCUGCUGGAUGAUCUUAGGCCAACCUUGUCCCUUCCUCGGUUUCCUAAUCUGUAAAAUCAAGGGCUUUGGCAAAAUGUCCUUUCAGUUCUAAUACACCAUGUGCCCAGGGCUCUGUAGCUCUGGGAGAUUAUCUAAUUGAGUGAUUUGUUAAGGUCUCUUUUAGCUCCGAGAUUCUAAUUUUUGGGCCUUAGUUUCCCAAAAUCAUUUGGUGUUUUAUGUGAACUUUCCUCUUUAGUGGAGGAGGUCCAGGCUUGCUAAAAACAUAGGCCAUAGGAUUGAGAGUGAGCCUAACCAAAAAAGAUCAUGGAAAAGCAGACCUCCUCUGUUAUGAUUCUCCUGAUUUUCCAAGUUGGUGAGAGCAAAAGCAGUUUGAUUCCCCAGGGACGUGGAGAAUCUGAGACAUUGGCUGUUUCCACCCUGAUGACUAUCUGCCUGUAGAAUUGGGGAUGUCUUAAUGACUACUCUGGCAGGAUUGGAGAUUUUGCAAGGCAGAAUUCCACAAGUUCAGGCACACAUACUGUUGUUGUCCCUUCUGAGCACUGCAGCCAUCUUUGGUAGUGUUAGAGAAUUCCCCCCGUCUUACUCCAUUCUAGGAGUUCCCCAUUGGAUAUUUCAUGUUUUCUUUCUUGCACAUUCAGAUCACUGAACACUCUUAGGCUUUGUGUGCCCAAGUACUAAGUGCCCUGGUGGGGCGGGGGUGGGGAAUAGAAAAGUAUUAAAAGGCAGCCUAAAGGUAAUUUACAAUCUAUAAAAUCACAAAAUGUCAGAGCUGGGAGGGACUUGAGAAUAUAGAGUUUCAGAAUUGGAACAGACUUUGGAAAAUAUUAAUGUAGAUAAGGCCCUUAGAACAAAUAAUCUCAAUUGGGGGAGACCUUACAACAUAGAAUAUUCCAACUGGGAAUGAAGUAGGAUAUACUGUGUUAGAAUUGGAAGGGAUCUUGUUUUUAUUGCAUGAUCCCUUCUCCCUCCCCCCCCCCCCCCCCAUCAUUUUACAGAUGGAGAAAUCAAUGCGCAAGUAUGUUAUGUUACAUGCCUCGGGUCACAGAACUAGUUGGUAGUAGACUAAUUAGACCAUGACCUAAGUAUAUGAAAAAAAAAAAAAACAGAAAAAUACAAGGACUUCAUAUAAUUAAGCGACAGGAUAUAUGUUUUAGACAUCAUGAGCUACAGGAGGUGGGAUUGUAGGUGAAGGAAUUGUGGGAUCUGGGAGUUGGGAAGGAGAAGUGAGAAUGGCAUUGGGAUUAGGUGAGCUUAAAAGCUUGAGCAAAAAAUCGGGAGAAACUACAGUAGAGUGAUGGCAAUCAAGGCUGCAUAAGUGAGCUGGGUUACUGAUGGGGGGUUUGGCCCCAUCUGCAGCCCCCAAGGGUCUCUCUGCCUAUAGACAUAACUACCUGCAAGUUUUCAUCAGUAAGCUUUUUGUCUCAGGGCUUUCUUAAAAAAAAAAAAAAAAACCCUAGGCCCCCAGAGCGUCUUGCCUAUUCGUUUUGGCUAUUACUUAGUGCUAGACUUCCUUUUCAUUGGUUUGAUUUCUUAAAUGUAUUCAUAUCUGCUCCAGCCCUGUUGUGAAAUUCUAUAGCAAUCAUUUUUGAAGCCAAGCUAAAUAAAAGAAAUCUUUUACCUAGUCCCAUCUCAGCACUCAGCCCAGAACUUGGGUGUGCUAGGCUGGAAUUUUAACAUUUCAUUGAAAAAUUCGGUCCAGACCUCCCUAUAGAUUUGAGUUCUUUCUAUUUGUAUUUGGGAAAUCAUAGACAUUAAAGCUAGCUGCAUAGAGCAUAGGAUGUCAGAACUGGGAGGGAUCUCUGGAGAGAGGUGUCAAAUUGGCAAAAUGAUUGAGGGAGAACCAGAGUAAAAUACAAUCUGGAAAUGUUUGACAAAACAAAUAAAAAAUACAAUAAAAUUUAGGUAGUGCUAAUUUGUAGUUUUCUAAGUUGAUACAGUAGGCAGGGAUCAGUUUCUGUUUGAGUUUGAGUUAGCACAUAGAAUGUUGAUGCUGAAAGGGUCCCUAGAACACAAGGGACUUUCUUGUGAGAGGAAGGAAGAUAAGUUGUAGCUUAGCCUCUCAUUCCAUUCAGUUCAGCAUGAGUUUAUUAAGUGCUGCAACUGGAUCAUUAUGGCCAUUCAGUCCUUGCUGCCACAUUUUAGGAGUACAUGGAAACUGGGACAGUUUCCAAGGGAAAAUAAUUAUUAUGGCAAAGGAACCUUCUACCGGAAUUGGUUAAAGGAACUGAGGAUGUUAAUUCUGGAAAAAGCUUAAGUCUAGGGGAAAUAAUAGCUUUCUCCCCAUUCUCCAUGUUGCCCAUGUUUGAAGGGCUGUCUAAGAGAAGAGGAAGCAGAACCCAGAACAGUGGAUAACAGAAGUUACCAAGGAGACAGACAGCUGACUAAUAGAAAGAAGGGCUUUAUCUUGGGCAGAAGUGUCCAGCUAUAGCUGCCUGGGGAUGUAGGGAGCUUCCUGAGGAUUGUUGAUGUUCAGGCAGAGCCUGGGAUGAUACUUCAUGAGACACUGCAAGCAGAUCUUGGGAUGCCAUAUCCUACUUGAGCAGUGACAUUGUUCUCCCAGAAGGAUACUACAUUUCUCCUACUUUGGACAUGUCUUUAGCUGGCUCCCAUGCUUCCAUCUCUUGCUCCCUGGCCAGCUCCCAUGCUUCCAUCUCUUGCUCUUCCUGGUUUACCUGGCUUCAGGCUCAAAAAAAGAGCCUGCUUUCUACAAGAUGCCUUUUCCAGUCCUCCUUAAUGACAUGGUGCAAAUUGAAGAGCAGAGAUAGGCACCGUGGUGGCAACCUGGUCCUGGUGGUGUGCCCCAGAGACCGCGCGCAGGAGGACCUUGACUGAUGCCCGCAGUGCAUCCUGCCAUGGACGGGGACUAUGCACCACACGACCCCCCGCAGGCAGGAAACAUACUGUACAGUCUGCCCCACCUCCAAGGCCCUCUCUGCGGGCCCAGCCUCGAGAACUCGAUGCUGCAUUAUUCUUGGUGGAAUACUUAUGCCUAUUCAUCCGCAUCUUACCCAUCCUUGACCAGUGAAAACCAGCCAUAUAUGACUGCCCCUUCCUACCCUUACCCAGAUUCCAUCAACAGACAACAUUGCCUGGACACCAACUAUGCACCUGUGGGCUCUGCCAGCUUCUUACCAAAAAAUGGUGAUUUUCCUCAGGAUUCCUCAUACCUCGAUGACACUUCCCUUUUCUCAUCACCUGUUGGCUCCCUCUCGGAUAUCGCUGACUCGACAGAUUUCCAGCCUGCUGAAAACCUCAACCAGACUCUCUGGGAUGUGAACACUCCAUCACAAAACCAAGAAGAGCUGUUCUCAUCUGCAGGACAGUUUCUAGGUCUGGAUGACUCAGUUGCUGCUAUCCCAAACACUCCACUGCUUGUGAGCUACCAGUCACAGACGCAGCCAGAGGAUGAUGAUGAGGGGGAUGAAGAGGAGGCAGAAGAGCUGGGCCAUGCAGAAACCUAUGCUGAUUACAUCCCAUCCAAAUCUAAGAUUGGGAAACAUCAUCCAGACCGUGUGGUUGAGACGAGCACUCUCUCCAGCGUUCCUCCUCCUGACAUCACUUACACCCUCUCGUUGCCCACCUCCGCGGCCGACAGCGGGUCCUUGUCAGCACUACAGUUAGAAGCCAUCACUUACGCCUGCCAGCAACACGAAGUCGUGCUGCCCAACGGACAGCGAGCCGGCUUCCUCAUCGGGGACGGUGCCGGUGUUGGGAAGGGCAGGACGGUGGCCGGGAUUAUCUUUGAGAACUUCCUGAAGGGCAGAAAGAAAUCCCUGUGGUUCAGCGUCUCUAACGACCUCAAGUACGAUGCUGAGCGAGACCUGAAGGAUAUCAACGCACCUCACAUUCCAGUGCACGCUUUAAACAAGAUCAAGUAUGGUGACACAACUACCUCGGAAGGAGUCCUUUUUGCCACUUACUCUGCCCUAAUUGGGGAGAGCCAAGCAGGCGGACAACACCGGACCAGAAUCAGGCAGAUUCUUGACUGGUGUGGAGAAAACUUUGAUGGAGUUAUAAUUUUCGAUGAAUGCCACAAAGCCAAAAAUGCCAGCUCCACCAAAAUGGGCAAAGCAGUAUUGGACCUUCAGAACAAGAUGCCCCUUGCCAGGGUUGUCUAUGCCAGUGCCACAGGUGCCUCUGAGCCAAAAAAUAUGAUUUACAUGAGCCGUCUGGGGAUCUGGGGAAAAGGAACCCCCUUCAGAUCUUUUGAGGAGUUCCUUCAUGCCAUUGAAAAGCGGGGUGUUGGUGCCAUGGAGAUCGUGGCGAUGGACAUGAAAGUCAGCGGCAUGUACAUUGCCCGGCAGCUCAGCUUCUCCGGAGUCACCUUCCGGAUAGAAGAGAUCCCUCUCGACCCGUCAUAUGAAUGCAUCUACAACAGAGCAGCCCAGCUGUGGGCAGAGGCAUUAGUGGUGUUCCAGCGGGCAGCAGAGUGGAUUGGCCUGGAAUCCCGCAAGUCCCUCUGGGGUCAGUUCUGGUCCGCCCAUCAGCGCUUCUUCAAAUAUCUCUGCAUCGCCGCCAAAGUCCGUCGCUUGGUUGAGCUUGCAACAGAGGAGCUGGCAAAGGGCAAGUGCAUAGUCAUUGGGCUGCAGUCUACAGGAGAAGCUCGAACCCGAGAGGUCCUGGAUGAGAAUGAUGGGCACUUGAACUGCUUUGUCUCUGCUGCAGAAGGCGUCUUUCUAUCACUAAUUCAGAAGCACUUUCCUUCAACCAAAAGAAAGAGAGACAAAGGAACUGGCAUUAAAAGAAAACGGAAGCCCAAAGGCCGGCCCAGCAAGAGCUCCAAGGUGGUGUGCGAGUUCCCGGGAGUCAUCAAGAUCAGUGACGACAGCAGCACGGACUCCGACCUCGGCCUCGAUAGCGACUUCAACUCCUCCCCGGAGUCCCUCAUCGAUGACGACGUCGUCAUCAUCGAUAACCCCUCUGCCGAUGACAGAGGUCCUUUGCACUAUUAUGGGUCCCAGAGGGAUAUCCAUGGCCCUGGCGUGCUGGAAAAAGUCGAGAAACUGAAACAGGACCUUUUGGCCAAAGUCAGAGCACUGGGCAGAGAUCUACCUCUCAAUACCCUGGAUGAACUCAUCCACAAGUUUGGAGGCCCGGAGCACGUAGCAGAGAUGACUGGAAGGAAAGGCCGGGUUGUGUCCAGACCAGACGGGACGGUCACUUUUGAGUCCCGUGCAGAACAGGGCCUCUCCAUCGACCACGUGAACCUGAAGGAGAAGGAGCGUUUCAUGAGUGGGGAGAAGCUCGUUGCCAUCAUCUCAGAGGCCUCCAGUUCAGGGAUCUCCCUGCAAGCAGACAGGCGGGUAAAGAAUCAGAAGCGCCGCGUGCACAUGACGCUGGAGUUACCCUGGAGCGCUGACCGGGCCAUCCAGCAGUUUGGUCGCACACACCGAUCGAACCAGAUCUCGGCUCCCGAGUAUGUCUUCCUGAUCUCAGAACUCGCGGGCGAGAGGAGGUUUGCCUCCAUCGUGGCCAAGCGUCUGGAGAGCCUGGGGGCCUUGACCCAUGGGGACAGAAGAGCCACUGAAUCCAGGGACCUCAGCAAAUACAACUUUGAGAACAAGUACGGAGCCCGAGCCCUGGACAGAGUCCUGUCCGCCAUCCUGAACCAGUCCGAGAACAAAGUCCCGCUGCCCAAGCACUAUCCAGGAGGAGACGCCGCCUUCUUCCGAGAGAUGAAACAGGGCCUGCUCUCCGUGGGGAUCUGCUGCAGGGAGAUGAAGUUUGGCUGUAUCGCUAUUGAGAAGGACUGCUCCAUCACCAAGUUUCUGAACCGCAUCCUGGGCUUGGAGGUGCACAAGCAGAACACUCUCUUCCAGUACUUCUCCGACACCUUUGACUAUCUGAUCGAGAAGGACAAGAAAGAGGGCAAAUAUGACAUGGGCAUCUUGGACCUGGCCCCGGGCAUUGAUGAGAUCUAUGAGGAAAGCCAACAGGAGUUCCAAACCCCUGGCCACCCCCAGGAUGGGCAGGUCGUGUUUUACAAGAUCAGUGUCGACCGGGGCUUGAAGUGGGAAGAGGCCUAUGGGAAAUCGCUCAAGAUGACUGGCCCUUAUGAUGGCUUUUACCUGUCCUACAAGGUGCGAGGCAACAGGAAGACCUGCCUGCUGGCCGAGCAGAGCCACGGGAAGCACUUCAUCCUGUACAAACCCAACAUUGGCAAGCAGAGCCAGCCCGAGAGCCUGGACAGUCUGUGCAGGAAGUUCCGGCGGGUGACAGCUGAAGACGCCAAAGAGCACUGGGAGAACAACUACACCUUCUCUCUGAAGCACUGUAGCCAUGUUGUCUGGAACCGGCACUGCAAAGUGGUCCAGGAGGGCAAGGAGUGCCUGCAGGGUGCCCGCCUGCGGCACUACCACAUGCUAUGCGGGGCCCUGCUCCGCGUGUGGAGCCGCAUCGCCAGCAUCAUCGCAGAGGUCACCAGCAGCAGCUACCUGCAGAUCGUGAGGCUCAAGACCAAGGACAAGAAGAAGCAAGUUGGUAUCAAGAUCCCCGAGAGCUGCGUGCCCAAGGUGCUGGAGGAGCUGAAGCAGAUGGAUGCCGACGUGAAGCGGAAACAGGCCCGCGCCGCCCAGCCCGUGGGGCUCCCGGACCCCCUGCCCCCGCCCUUCCAGGCGGCUCUACUGGGCUCCUGGCCCCCCCUCUCCAUGCACUCCAACCCCACCGAGGUCUUGGACCUGACCUCCAGUCCCCUGGACGAUGGCCUCCCCAGCGGGCUCCUGGGCCUGGACUCCACAGGCCUACCUUUCUCCCCCCAGGCCCCUCAGCUGAGCCUGCCUCCGCCCAGGUUCGCCUUCCCCCCGCCUCUGGACAGAUCGGGGCCCAGCCUGCCCAGCAGCCACCCACUACCCCCCCAUGAACCCUUGCCUCUCCUGCAGCUUCGGCCCCCUCCGGAUGACCUCACCUCCCAGGGGGACAUCAAUUUCAAGGAGAUCCUGGAAGACAUGUUGAGGUCCUUGAACGUGGUCCCCCCUGAGGCCCCCCUGGGCCUGGAGCGCCAGAGUGUCAUCCAGUUCAGCCCUCCCUUCACAAACUCCUAGGGCUGGGAGCUGGCGCCCUCCCUCCCUCCCCAGACAGCCCUUUAUCCCCCAGGGGGCUGAAGGGGGGCAGGAGCCCUGCUUCUCCGGGAGUGUUAGGGCGGGAGCAGGAAGGAGUGGACAGGUGACUAGGAAACUAUAGAGUUCCUUUUAAAACAAAACAAAAAUUUAUUUAUAUAUAAUAUACAUUCACACAUCUAUAUAAAUAUAAAUUUUUUAUGUUAUAUAUUAAGGGUAGGGGACUGGAUGGAUUGGCAUCCAAUGGCUGAGGCCUCCCAACUCUGUGAUUACCCCUCCCCCUUCUCCAGUCACGCCGUUGUUAAGUCAUUGCCCGGGUUUGGGGUGGCAGGGAUAAAUGACCUGACCUCCCACCCAUCCCAUUCUCCACUGUCAGGUAGACUACUGAGGGGGAAGGGUCAAGGCGAGGGCACCCUCACACCUCCCCACACCCCCCCUCCCCCAGAACACUUGGGAGCAGGGGGCACAGGGAAGGGCCAUCCCGCCCAGUUAUCCCACACUGACUUCCCAGGGCCCGAGCCCAGGCUCACCCCCCUCCUCCCAGGUGUGCCCUCUGCAGAAAGAGCUGAGAAUCCCCAACAGAGAUCUGAGAGGCAGGACUGCCAUCGUGCCCAGCUCCCUCUCUUCGGAAAGGCUAGAGGGAGCCAGGGCCAGAACCUGGGGGUCCUGUGUCCCCACUCAGGAGUCUUGGCACUUUUCUGAUUCCCUGCCCCCCAAAAAGCUAGGGAACCCUCUGGUUGGGUUUGAUCAGCCAGAGGAGAGGGAGGACAUCCUCAGCGGCAGCAUCAUCCCCAGCCCCUCUCCUUUUGCCCCCUGGGCAUCCUGGCAGCUCCUCUGCCUGCCCAGGGUCCCCUCAGGUUCCUGGAGCCCCUUCCCAUUCCCUGAGAUCUCUGGGUCGGAUGCUGUCAGGAACUGUCUGCCAGGGAAGCCGAGCUUCAGGUUUUCUCUCCCCUUCUAAAGGGGAUCUCAUUUUCCCUAAAAAGAAUCGUGGGAUCUCAGUGCUAGAAAAGAGCUUAAAUAUCAUCUGAUCAGGCCCCCUUCCUUUAUAGACAGGGAAACUGAGGCUCGGGGCUCUCCCUGCCCCACGAUUGGCUUUCUGCCUCCCUUUACCAACUGCUCCAUUUUUGCCUUCUCUCGAGGAAUCGGGGUGCAGCUGACCCCAGCUGGCCCCAGAGAGAGGAAGGGGUAGGAAGCAGACAGCAGACAGUGAUGACAAAUCCCCCUUCUAGUCUGCACCCCAUUUUCUAGGGCUGACAGGUGGCUUAUCCUGGCUGACUCACUUUCACCACUGCUUCCUCCUCACUUUUUCAGGGGGAGGAAGGACGGCCUCCGGGGGUGCUGAGUGAAUGAGUUUCAGGGAGCAGUGGCCGGGUUUGAUCCGGAUUUCUCUUCCCUGGGUGCCCACCCCUUCCCCUGCCCUUGUGCCCAAAGGGUAGCAAAGGGACCUUGCCUCCUCUUUUCUUCCAGGGCAGCACCAUUCUGCUCCUCCUCUUCCUCCUCCCUCUCUAUUUAUGAUGUCCCCUCCCCAGCAUUGGGGAAAUCUGGCGCGGCCGCCAGACCCCCCCAGAACUGUGGGAGCUAUAAACUCAGGAAAAACCGAAGGUGCUCUCUCCCCCUCUCACUGCCUCCGCCCUGCCCCACCCCCACGAGCAGGAUGCUUUUCAUGGGUGAACCCCACCACCGCCGCCUUUUAAUAUAUGCAAUUCUCUCCUCUAACCGUAUAGCACCUUCAUCCCCUGACCCCAGGACAGGCAGGGUCAAAUAUCCGUCACUGGGGAUCUCGCCCCUAAGUUAUUGCCUCGGUCCUGCUGAUGGCGUGUCGUGUGUGAGUGUGUACGUGUGAGUGUGCGAGCGAGAGCGCCUCGUGUCACCCCUCCCUCUGUGCACUUUGGAAUCUGCUUGUUAUGUUGGGCCUUCUUGGAUUUCUAUGUGUAUUUAUAAUUAAUUGAAAUGUAUAUAUGUAAAGAUUUUUUUUUAGAACAUGUGCCUUUUGACUAAUUCCUAAAUUUUCUACUUGUACCUUACCUUGAAGAAUAAUUUUGCAUUCAUUCUGCUCAGUAAAGAUGGAAACUCGG